AUGAUGUUGCAAGAAGAUGCUGCAGAACUCCAGUGCUGUAUCACUGUGGAGCGCCUGAAUGCGUCCGGACAGGCCACCAAACGCCAAGUCAUUCGCCGAGCUGCAGUGACGCUGGGGCGCAAUGAAUUUCAGGAGAUUGUCCUCCGCGUCCACGAUGGCAAAGUGCCUCAGUCCUUCACGCUCCGUGAAUUUCAGCUCUUCACCCGCUUCUGUCGUGACGGCAAGAGCACUGUGAAACUGCUCCCGGACAACAUCCAGGUGCUUAUCUCCGACUGUCCGCCAGACCGCUUGCGCAUGUUCCUCAAGACCCUGAGCAUUAAGCAUCAGGCCUGGCAGACGAGCAAACCCGUGGGAGAACGGACCAAGCUCCUCGCCGGGCUACCGCGCAGUUUCGAGACGAUCAGCCCCCUGCAACAGAAGGAUGUGCAGAAAGCAAACGAGCUCCGAAGCAAAGUGAACGCGCCGCCACCUGCCAAAGGCCUGACGAACAGAAAUGGGAACACAACCGUUGGCCAGCAGGUGAAAAGACAAAGACCGGAUUCCACCGAGAGCAGCCCGGUAAAGGCACUCCACCCUGCCAAGAAGCCGACUUUGUCCUUGCCUGUGACAAGGAAGCUGUCCAAAGAGCAGGCAAUGGUCCUAAGUGCUGUCCUAAGUGGGAAGAACAUCUUCUUCACUGGAAGUGCUGGUACCGGCAAAUCCUUUUUGCUAAAAAGGAUUGUGGGAUCUCUGCCUCCCAAAAGCACCUACGCCACGGCCAGCACAGGUGUGGCGGCCUGCCACAUCGGAGGCACCACUCUGCAUAACUUUGCAGGAAUCGGGUCGGGCUCGGCUCCUCUGGAGCAAUGCCUGGAGCUGGCCCGGCGACCCGGGGUUCUGCAGCACUGGACCAGCUGCCGGCACCUCAUUAUCGACGAGAUCUCCAUGGUGGAGGCCCAGUUCUUUGACAAGCUGGAGACCAUUGCCAGGUCCAUCAGGAGGUCCACAGAACCCUUUGGGGGCAUUCAGCUAAUAGUCUGUGGAGACUUCCUCCAGCUGCCCCCGGUCACCAAGGGCAAGGAAAGGCCCAACUUCUGCUUCCAGGCGAAAAGCUGGAGGAAGUGCAUCCAUGUGAACCUGGAGCUGACAGAUGUGCGCAGACAGACAGACCAGGGCUUCAUCUCUCUGCUGCAGGCAGUAAGGGUGGGCAGAGUCACAGAAGAAGUAACUGCCCAGCUGCUGAAGAGUGCCUAUCACAGAAUCGAGAGGAACGGUAUCCUAGCAACCAGGCUGUGCACUCACAAAGACGACGUGGAACUGACCAAUGAGAACAAGCUCCAGCAGCUGCCAGGAGCAGUACGUGUGUUUGAGGCUGUGGACAGUGACCCUCAGCUUGUCAAGACCAUCGACGCCCAGAGUCCUGUGGGUCGGCUGCUGCAGCUCAAAGUGGGAGCCCAGGUGAUGCUGACGAAGAAUCUGAACGUGGAGAGAGGCCUGGUCAAUGGGGCCAGGGGCGUGGUAGUGUCCUUCCAGCCUGGGAAUAAAGGGUUGCCAUGCGUGCGUUUCCUGUGUGGAGUGACUGAGGUGAUGAAGCCGGAGCGCUGGAUGUCCAAGGCGAACGGGGGGCUGUACCUGACCCGACAGCAGCUGCCACUCAAACUGGCCUGGGCCAUCUCCAUCCACAAGAGCCAGGGCAUGACUCUGGACUGCGUGGAGAUCUCCCUGGCCCGGGUGUUUGAGAGUGGGCAGGCCUACGUGGCACUGUCCCGGGCCCGCAGCCUGCAGGGACUGCGUGUGAUGGACUUUGACCCCCAGGUGGUGCGGGCCGACCCAGAGGUGCUGCUCUUCUAUAAGCGGCUUCGGAAGGAGAGGCUGCUGAUGCAGGCAUCGAUGGACGAGUUUGUGAGCAGAGGGAACAAAGAGAAUGAAGGCCUGUGA